CGAGCGCGUUCUCCAGGCUGCAGGAGGUUUGUCCCUGCUGCGACCCGUAGCUGCGCUUUGUGUACGAGGAGCUUGGGAAGAAAGUGAAGUGAAGUGCAGUGCGGAGGGCAGUAGACACCGGGCUCGGCGGAGUUAGGAGCAUGGCACACAGUGUGCAGAACGUGACGCUGGCACUGACGCUUCCCAUUACAUGCCACAUCUGCCUGGGCAAGGUACGACAUCCUGUCAUUUGUGCCAACUAUCAUGUCUUCUGUGCGGUUUGCAUUGAGCUAUGGUUGAAAAACAACAACCAGUGCCCGGCCUGCAGGGUGCCCAUAACUGAAGAGAAUCCCUGCAAGAAUAUCAUAGGUGGGACUAGUGAAGAUGAAGGUACACUGACUCAUUCAGGCCGAAAGCACCUCCGUAAAACUAGACUUGAACUUCUACAGAGAGAAUAUGAGGAAGAAAUAGAAUCGCUUUUGAAAGAGACUGAAGAGCUGAACAGAGCAAAUCUUCGAUUAGAAGAGCGUCUAAGUGAAGCAACUGGAUCCACUGCCAUUUCCAUAUCCUGUAAUUGUAAGCACAAAGAAGCUGAGGAUUCGAGGGGCAUUAGCGAUAAUUUAUUGGAAGAAUGGAGUAGAAAGUUAGAAAUGGUGAAUGCUGCCAACAAGAAAGUUGUAGAGGACAUCGAAAAAUUGAAAGAGGAAAACCGAAGGCUGAGAAAUGAAAAUAUUGAAUGUGUAAGAGAAAACUUGAGAUUAAAAAAUGAAGUAGACCUCCGAUCGCCACAAAAGUUUGGAAGGUUUACAGUGGCUGCACUGCAAGCAAAAGUAGAUCAGUAUGAGCGAGAGAUGAGCAGGCUUAAAAAAGCUCUGGAGAGGAGCGAUCAAUACAUAGAAGAACUAGAAGCUCAGGUUGAGCAACAGAAAAGGCCACCAGAGGAUAUACAAAAAGAAAAAUCUCAAAGUGGAAAUGCUGCUCAAGUACACGAAACUGAUGUUACAACCACACAUUCCUGCCAAGAACUGAAUGCAACACAGCAGUUUUUGAGCCACGGUUUUGAAGAAUCCAGUAGCGCGCACUUGAAUUCAAAUGGACACACAUCCGGGUUGAACAAACAGCUGUCUCUUUGUGAAACUGUAGGCUCCCUUAAGCUAAAAAGUAAAUAUAAUAAAUAUUCAUCUGCUUUGGAAAAUAGUGAGUCGAUGAGUGUAGGUAAAAAGAGACUGGAGGAAGUUGGAGAAUUGGCUCUAGGCUUUGGAAGUCCUACUUCAUCAUUGCCUUUUAGCUCACUUCACCUGAACACACCAGAUAGCAAAGCAAAUGGCUCUUCAAGCCAUACUCCUAUGAAGAAACCUCUAACAUAUCUUAGGAAACUGGUGUUUGAUGAAUUGCCUAAGAGAAAGGAACUUUGCAAAUCCAACUCUGUGAGUGUAAACAAUGUGAAUACUGAGGGGGUCACAAGCUUUGGAGAGCCUAAGCCAAGCUUUUUACAUUUUUGCCAGGUGAAUUGUGAAUCCAAAGACAGGGAAUUACCAGGACAAACAGACAUCGGAUUACUAUUGAAAAAACAAAAGGAUAAUGGAGCAGAUCGAAGAGAGUAUCCUGCAGGAUUUAAACAAUUUAGGGCAAUGGACAAGGACUGCCAUAAUGUCAAUGAUCCUAUAUUUAAUGGCAGUCAGAGUUCAUAUCAUGGCAACUCGACUUCUAUGUCAGGAUCAAACCUAAAUGUUCAGUGUGAUUCUGCCAUCAAAGUUGGCAACUCUUCUGGAGAUACUAUAUCAUCUCACCAAGGUGGAGAACCUAGUCAGUCUGUUUCAUAUGCUCCUUGUUCUUCAUCUGCAGUUGGGGAUGCUGAACACUCUCAAUACUCUAUGGACCAGCCAGCUGGUGCUUUCCAUGAUAGAAACUUUCAAAGCCAUCUGCCACAUACAGAUAUUCUAUCAUGUAAACCAUCAUUACAAUCUAAAGAAGAGGUAACAUUUAAUUCUGCUUCUGUGGAGUCUGAGCACACAGGACAUGCAUCACAGUCAACCAGGCUAACCCACUGUAAUCUCCAAACCUACAGUAACAGUCCUCCUGCAAAACGAAAACUGCUGAACCAGUCUAGUGAUAGCCCAUCAAAAGCUGCAAAGCCUUAAAGGGGUACUCCGGACCUAAGACCUCUUAUCCCCUAUCCAAAGGAUAGAGGAUAAGAUGUCUGAUUGCUGGGGACCCCCGUAACCUCUCAUUCCACACCCACCUGUGUGAGCUGCACGCAGCGCUGAAGGCUCAGUCUGAAGUCUUACAACCAUGCGGCCAGAGUAUUGUGACGUCACCGUGUGAAUUAAACAUGUUCAUAUUUGCAAAAGCAUCCAGCGAGUGCUGGGAUUUCUUUACCCUUCCAGUAUCCUGCUUUCCACGAGCACCGCCAAUACCCCGUGUGAUGUCAUGCCCCGCCCCCUCAAUGCAAGUCUAUGGGAGGGGUUGUCAUGCCCCCUUUCAUAGACUUGCAUUGAGGGGGCGGGACAUCACACGGGGGCGGAAUCCUGGCGUCACAAUACUCCGGCCUCGUAAUCGUGAGGCUUCAGACUCCAGCGCUGUGUGUAGCUCACACAGGGAGUGCUGCAUGAGAGAUUGCGGGGGUCCUCAGCGGCGGGACCCCGUGAUCAGACAUCUUAUCCUCUAUCCUUUGGAUAGGGUAUAAGAUGUCUUAGGGCCAGAGUUCCCCUUAAACUCUGGAUUGAAGAAUCUAGAAAUCUUCCUUCUAAUGCCUUAUAGAUAUUUUUCAUGUUAUCAGCUUUGAAAGCUGGCAUAAAGUACCCUGGCGGCUUUUUAAAGUAAUUUAUACUUUUUAUUCGUUUUAUACCUUUUGUAGCAAAUCUACCUGUUGGUUUUCUAGUGAAAAGAAUAAAGAAACCAAACUUUAGUCUUAUUCAAACAUCUGUCAUCUCAUUACCACACAGCACUAAAAUGGAACACUUUUCUGUAACUUCUCUGUCUAGGUAUUUCCUCCACCUGAAAUCUGUCAGUUGUGACACAGGGUGUUGCAUCUAAAGCAAUGUCUCCUUUGUUGGGAGCAGCCGAAGUGUUUAAACCUCAUAAUAAAUGUACAGAAUGUAAAUGCUCCAAAUGUAAGCCACUUGUUUGUUGCAAAGUGUUCCUCAAAUGGUGCAUUUUCAAUACUAGAUCUGGGCCAUUGGAGGAGAUUUAUCAAAACCUGUAUAGAGGAAAGGUUGACCAAUUGCCCUUAGCAACCAAUCAGAUUGCUUCUUUCAAUUUGAAAAGGGCCUCUGAAAAAUGAAAGAAGCAAUCUGGUUGCUAUAGGCAACUUGUCAACUUUUCCCCAAGAUUUGAUUACAUUUCUCCCAUUGUCUCUAAAUGAAAUACAGUAUUUCUUUUAGACAGCUUCAUAAAUCUUUACCAUUAUUUCUGUGAAGUGAUAUUUGCAGUCUUUAUUAU